GUGUGUGUGUGUGUGUGUGUGUGUGUGUGUGUGUGAACUAUAUGAUCUUUCAGUUCUGUGUUUGCCAAUGUAGCUGCAAAAUGAGGAAGGCAGGACAUGGCCGAGUCACUUUUUUGGCAAACGCACAUUUCUUAAUUAUGUCAGAAAUGUAACUUGACUUGUUUCACACUGGUCUACAUAACAUCUGUGUGUGACCGCUGCACUUUGGUCGGAGUGCUUGUUGCUCGGCUGUCAUGUCCACAAAAACAUAUUUUUAUGUUGUUAAAUCAUUGGAAACAGUGUACGCCAAGAACAGAAACACUUCCCGGAUCAGUUUUAGUUCCUCUAUCACACAGGCAUCAUGUGGGGCAGAGCACAGACAAACUCAUUUCAUGCAUGGAUUUAGAUGCAGAAUGGCUGAGGCUUGCAUUCAUAGUUAACACGGAUUUGAUGAUUUACAGUCCGCAACUAUCUCAGUGAGAAAAAUAACUGCACACUAAAUAUAGACUUUGAGAUGUUAUAUGUAAAGAGGACUUCUAAAAACAUGCACUUUUCAACCAAAUUCUGCAUAAUUUCCACCAUGAUAUGUAGACUAACUGCAUAUCACUGAAUCAGUGCUUAUUGGAUUAUUGAACAGGACAGACCGUUUUAAAUUUAGCAGUUAAAAUGAAAUGCAGAACCAAAACAGGAAGACAAGAAUCAACUCAUCAGUUCUACACAAAUACACAGGUACAGUUUAUUACACAGGGAUUAAGGAAACAAGAAAAAGGGGGAAAUUAAAAAAAAGGGUGAAAAAAGAGAAAUAAUCAGUAGUUAUUUCCUGAAAAUAUCAACUCAAACAGGGCAUUUUUCACUACUAUCUAACAACUUGUAGACAAAACGAUUUAUACAACUCUUUCAGAGCAGACAUUUAGACUUCAAAGUAGGAAACACACAGGUCUUACAAAUAACAGCAGUAAUAAAGCCAUGACACUGUGACAGUGAGCCAGCAUGAACAAUACCAGGUCCAUGAACCUGAGGCAGCUAAAUUCAGCCAUCAUUCUUACUAUUUUUUACACCUGGCCUCUCCAAAGUCAAAUGUCUUCUUUGAAAAAGAUCAUUUUUGCCCAGUUUUAACCUGCACCUCUAGAUGUCUUUUGACCUGCUAAUCAGAUCAAUGCUUCCUGGGUUAUUAAAUGUCAGAAACAUGGCCCCUGACUGGCCUGACUCCUGACUAUUUGACCCUGUAAAUUUUGCAAUUCCAGCAGGGAGCCAAAAUCGAGCAAAAAGGAACAAAUCUGUUUAGCAGCCAUGGUUACAUAAUGCAUUUAUGAUUUGGAGAUCUGAAUCAAAUUUUAAAACACUUGUCCCCUGAAUCUUAUUUGAUGAAAGUAGGUUUGCCAGUGAGUUUACUUUUCCCAACACAAUGCUACUCAUGUAGCGGUCAAAACAGGAAAACAGAAAAAGCAGAGAAUAAUGUCUUGUCUGUGUACAGAUUCAACUUGGCUGUGCCUUAUCAUCAACUCGCCACUUUCUCGGCCAUUCGUCACUUCCUCUCCUCACGCCUUCAUUGACUGUUUUCAUCAUCUGUACUCUGUAGUGGCUGAGCCGGCGAUCCAGAUCUUUGAGCAGCCUAAGCAGAGGGGAAUGCGCUUCAGGUACAAGUGUGAGGGUCGCUCAGCUGGCAGCAUCCCCGGAGAGAAGAGCUCCGACAACAACAGGACCUACCCCAGUCUGCAGAUCUUGAAUUACUCUGGUAAGGGUAAGGUCCGUGUUUACUUGGUGACAAAGAACGAGCCCUACCGACCGCAUCCACAUGAUCUGGUGGGGAAGGACUGCAAAGACGGAUUCUACGAGGCUGAGUUUGGUCCAGACCGCAGAGUGAUCGCUUUCCAGAACCUGGGUAUCCAGUGUGUGAGGAGGAGGGAAGUGAAAGAUGCGAUCGUACAGAGGAUUACCAGAGGGAUCAACCCCUUCAGUGUGCCACGCGAGCAGCUGCUGCAGACAGAGGAGUACGACUUGAACGUGGUUCGCCUGUGCAUCCAGGUUUUCCUGCAGGAUGACAACGGUCACUACACGCGUUCACUCCAGCCCAUUGUCACCAACCCCAUCUAUGACAACAGGGCCCCAAACACAGCAGAGCUGAGGAUCUGUCGGGUCAACAGGAACAGUGGCAGCGUUAAAGGAGGGGAUGAGAUCUUCUUACUGUGUGACAAAGUACAGAAAGAUGACAUUGAGGUGCGAUUCUUCUCUUCUGACGGUUGGGAGGCCAAAGGCUCCUUCUCCCAGGCUGAUGUUCAUCGCCAAGUAGCCAUUGUCUUCAAGACUCCGCCCUACUACAACACCUCAUUAACAGAGUCGGUCACUGUGCACAUGCAGUUGCGGCGACCUUCCGAUCAGGAAGUCAGUGAGCCGAUGGAUUUCAGAUAUCUGCCCGACGACAAAGAUCCUUAUGGCUACAAUGAGAAAAAGCGCAGAAGAGAGCACUUGAUGAAGAUAUCAGGAUUGUCAGGUGUUCCUUUUGCUGGUCUAGCUAUGAACAGGCCAAAGGCAGUGCCACAGAGUACCAUGAGUCAUAUGCGGAAAGACCUCAGCAACAUGUACCUGAGGCCACAGCCCACACCCACGAUGCAGCAGCAACCUGCUUUAUUCAACCAGCCCUACCAAUCAGGGCCUCAGAAUGUGAUAAUGACAUCACAGGCUUCUAAUUUACAAAUCAGCCAAUCAUGGGCAAAUCCCAACCCAGUACUCUCAAUGGAUACAGUCACCAUAAACCCGUCUGGUGCCAUGAGUAAUUUGCCACGUCCUAAUAGCAGCAGACAACAGCAGCCAAACCGUGGAUCUGGUUACUCCCACAGAGUGGAACACAACAGCUGUGAGAAUAACACCCUCCCCCAGCUCUCCAUGAGGGACUUGCAGUGCUUGGAUACAGUCCCCCAGGCCCCUGUAAUGAGCCAUUCAGAGACCCAGCCACUCUUCCACCUGCAGCACCAAAGGAACGAGCUCACAUCGGAGACCCGGGCCCAGAACCAUCUAGGAAACCAGAACCAGGGUCUACAGACUGUGUGGCCUAAUUUCAAUACCCUCAAUCCUGUCCAGAACAUCUUUAAUGGGUCAGUACCUGGAGGUGGAGGGGGGUCACAGGGCCUGGGCUCUUUCCCCUUCCUAGAGGGAAUGGAAGGGGAAGAUUUUCUGAAGGGCCUCGUGGGAGGAGUUUCUCAGACUGGCUUCCAGCUGAAGCAGGAACCCCAGAUCACAGUGGGACAAGAGCAAUCCCCAAGGGAAAGCCAAGGAAAUACUUACACCAACUUGCUUCCUCGUCCCAUGAGUAAUGGCACAAACAUGGAUCCAAUGAUGCAAGACGGUAGUGGCAACACCCAAGCUCUUAAGAAUCUGCAGAAUCCUUACUCAAACAAUGGCAUGGCCCCAGAAGGCCACUUUUCAACUUUGGCUGACUGGAUCAAAGCAACUCAGCAAAGCGACUGAAAGAAGUGACAUUUUUGGUAUCAAGAAAUAAACAGCUCCAAGAAGCAGUUCCAAGGAGUACAUCAGUCUUUUUAGCCUUGAAAAACCAGAAUUUUUGCUUCUCCCAUUCCUGCUUGGUAAGACUCACUGGACAUUUGCUUUGGCUAUUAUGUUCGUGGGCAUGAGACCAAAAUUAUUUGCAGGCAGUUGGAUCCAUAACCAGACAAAGGCAUUGUUUCUAAGUGUUAAAACUGAAUACUGUCUAGUUCCCUCUUUAGCAAAGGCAUCACCGAGGAUGCUUCCUAUAUCUGUUUGGCCAACCAUGGCAAUUGGUAGGUUGUCAUUUGUCUUUGCUUCCAAUAAUUAAUCUGUAAAGACAGCUUUCUGCUGAAAUGUAUCAACCAAAUUUGGUGUCUUGGCAAAUUUUCAGACAAGAAAUAGGUCAUGCAGUUCCAGAACCUUGCCUCGUUUUAUAUCAAGGACACUUUGUUUAAUGAUUGGUGUAGAGCGUGAUUCUGUACAGGUUCCACCACAAGCAUGUUUUAAGAAGUGCCGAGUUGCAUCAUUGCUCUAAUCACUCCCCCUAAUUCACUGAAUGGUUCGGCUUCCAGCUACUGUUGUUCUCCAGACUAGCCAAUAAAACUGAGCUCACAUGAAUUCAGCUGGUUUCUGCAAGGUUAAGACCUGUAUGUGGAUGAACCCUGCCUUAGGUUGUAAGGAUAAUAAUGAUCUCAUCAACACACACACACACACACACACUGAUGGUUUCUUAGCCAAGGUUAGAUUUCUGAAGAGGUGAAUGUUCUACUUUCUUUCUUUGUCUUUCUCAGGUGAAGUUGGAUUCACUGUCAAUGUACUGUAUAGUAAAGAAUGUUUUGUUGGGUGUUUGAUAUUGAAAAAAAACAAGGGUAAAUGGAUGUAAUGGAUUUUGAAAGUACAGCAAAAAAGUGGCUUACUAUCAUGGGUUUAUUUGUCAUUGCUUUUUAAAAGAUUCACACAUAUUAUACGUGUCAGUUAAGGUGUGUCACUGUUCUGUUGAUUUUUUAAAAGAGUAUCUGCUGUUAAAUGCACUCUGUACAUACAUGUUAGCCAUAGUUGAGAGUGAAAGCAAUAACUAUGCUGAAACACUCAAGAACUGGCAAGGUACUGAAAUUUCCAUUGAGGAAGUGGGAGGAAGCACAUUCAGUGGUGUCCUUCCUUUGUAAUGACUGUGUCAUACCAGUGAUCACAUGUGUUAUCCAGAGUUCUCAGAGCAUUUUUACCAGAUGUUUUAUAAAUACAGAUGUUUUUGUGUUUUAUUGUUUUUAAUUCAUUCAACUGAUACUCUUAGGGACAGUUACAAAAAGCGCCUUAGUCAAGACAAAUUUGAUGGGACACAUGGUUGAUGAUGGACACUUUGCAGCAGCCUGCAAGGCAACUUUGUCGCCACUAGCCUAGCUCAGCCUAACAUGUUUUCUUACUUGUAUACCUUCCAGAAGCUUUAUGGUAUUAUUUUCAUGACUACUUUGUAAGUUUUGCUAUUUUUUUUUUUUUUUUUUUC